GGGUAACACUUGUUUUUCAGAGCUUGUACUUCUCACCUGAAGCUUGAGUUACUCAACCCUCUAACAGCCGCCAUGGUUCACUGGACAGCCGGAGAGAGAGCCGCCAUCGCCUCUGUGUUUGGCAAAGUUGAUCUGGAACAUGAUGGUGGAGAUGCUCUUGGAAGGCUGCUCGUGGUCUACCCCUGGACCCAGAGGUAUUUCAGUUCUUUCGGAAGCCUGUCCAACCCAUCCUCAAAUGCCAAGGUACAGGCCCACGGCAAGAAGGUCCUGGGAGCUCUUAACAACGCAUCCCACCACUUGGAUGACAUUAAGGGCACCUUUCAUCAACUCAGCGAUGACCAUGCCAACAAACUGCAUGUGGAUCCAGAGAACUUCAGGCGUUUCACUGAAGUGUUCGUGAUUGUCCUGGCUACUAAACUAGGAUCUGCUUUCACUCCUGCAGUUCAGGCCGCAGUCGAGAAAUUCUUUGCAGUCUCUGUGCAUGCCCUCAGCCACGGCUACCACUAAAUGACUUGUACAAGCACCUAAAACUGCAUGUCAAGAAUGAAACAAGUCAAAUAAAAAUUGAUUUUAAAUAAA